GGCGAUGACGACCUAACCUAACCGACGCCAUGUGGCAUUUCUGGUAUCUUGGCCUCUAGUGUUCCGCUCUAUUUAAUCCUUUUUACUCUCAGAUUUCUCUUUACGGUGCAGCAUAACCUGCAUAACCAACAUUUUACUUGUGUAUUGUAUGCUUUGCUCUAUUCGGGACCCGAGUGAUGUUUUUAAAUGUCGCCGUUAAUUCGGUUUUAAGGUGCUUCAAUAUCUUGUACGAAAUAUUGUGUUAAAAAUGAUGUUUGUUCUACGGCAGCUACAUCUAUUCUAUACAAAGCAAAGAAUGUGUACUCCAAUAAGCCAUUUGAUUAAGCUAUCUAAUCACAAAAUUCAUACAUCUAAAGUUAUGUUUCAUGGUGAAUACGAAAUGCAGGAUCCUAAAACUGAGGCUGAUAUAGUUAACGUCACUUUUAUUGAUAAAACAGGCAAGAAAGUUAAAAUAAAAGGAAAAGUAGGAGACAAUGUACUCUAUUUGGCUCAUAGACAUGAAAUUGAUAUUGAAGGUGCAUGCGAAGCCAGUUUGGCAUGUACAACUUGUCAUGUAUAUGUACAUCAUGACUAUGUGGAUAAACUUUCAACUCCUGAUGAAAGAGAAGAAGAUCUUUUGGAUUUAGCACCUUUCUUGAAGGAAAAUUCUAGGCUAGGUUGUCAAAUAAUUUUGAAGAAGGAAUUAGAUGGCAUAGAGCUAGAAUUACCUAAGGCAACUAGAAAUUUUUAUGUGGAUGGACAUACCCCCACUUCGCAUUAACAAAUUUUGUUCUAAGUUAAUUUAAUUAAAUGUGUCAAU